CCCAGGUCCGAAUGUGUGUGGUAUCGCUCAAAGCUCAGUUCCGAGUUCCGACACGUUUCAAACUCCCAAGCCUUCUUUUUGUCUCUCCGCUUUUUCUUCCCUCACUAUAGCUCAAACUCUCUCUCUCUCUCUACUUGGCAUUUACGUGGGAUUUGUAGUAUAAAGUAUACACACAACACCAAAGUUAAUGUGGAAGGUGGCGGUGGUGGUGGUGGUUUGAUGGUGCUGUGAAAUGGAAGCUAUUAGGAAACAGGCAACCAAGCUCAGGGAACAAGUCGCCAAACAACAGCAGGCUGUGCUCAAACAGUUUGCUGGUGGACUUGGGGGUUCAGAAACUGCCGUAAAUGAUGACACAGAACUGCAGCAGCAUCAAAAACUUGAGAAACUUUACUUCUCUACUCGUGCUGGAAAGCACUUUCAGAGGGAUAUUAUUCGAGGUGUGGAGGGCUAUAUUGUUACUGGAUCAAAGCAAGUUGAGAUCGGUACUAAGUUGUCAGAAGAUAGUAGAAAGUAUGGUGCUGAAAACACGUGUACCUGUGGUAGUACGUUAUCUCAAGCUGCAUUGAGUUACAGUAGAGCUCGUGCUCUAAUCGAGAAGGAGCAUGGUCAUCUGUUGAAAGCACUUGGCACACAGGUUGCUGAGCCAUUGAGAGCCAUGGUUGUCGGUGCUCCACUAGAGGAUGCUCGGCAGCUUGCGCAACGUUAUGACAGAGUGAGACAAGAAGUGGAAGCUCAGGCUAUUGAGGUUUCCAGACGCCAAGCUAAAGUGAGGGAGUCAAAUGGUCAUCCUGAUUAUGUAGCAAAGCUGGAAGCUGCAGAAACGAAGCUUGAAGAGCUCAAGUCAAAUAUGGCUAAAUUGGGCAAAGAAGCUGCUGCUGCGAUGGCUGCUGUGGAAGCGCAACAACAGAGAUUGACGCUCCAGCGACUUAUAACAAUGGUCGAGGCAGAGCGCUAUUAUCAUCAGCGAAUUCUACAGAUACUUGAUCAACUAGAAGCUGAGAUGUUGUCAGAACGUCAACGUAAUGAAGAUCCACCAAGAACGGCUGCAGAAAAUACCAUGCAGCCACCACCUUCUUAUGGAGAACUUAAUGGUGUGUUUGCUUCUCAAUCAAAUGAUGGGUCCAUGGACGCCUUGGGUUACUUCCUAGGAGAGGUAGUGCAUCCGUACCAAGCCGAGUCUGAUGUGGAGUUAUCAUUGUCGGUUGGUGACUAUGUCGUAGUGAGAAAGAUAUCAAAUAAUGGGUGGGCUGAAGGAGAAUGCAAGGGAAAGGCUGGUUGGUUCCCUUUUGGAUAUGUGGAAAGACGUGAACGGGUUCUUGCAAGCAAAGUGGCUGAAGUAUUUUGAAGCUUUGCAAACCUCCUUUUGGGUUGUGUAGUUUGAACUGGGCCUCUUGCUGGUACUGUUUGCAAAAUUCCUGUUGCUAUCUGCAUUGCCUUGAGCGCUGGAACCCUUUUUGUUCGACUGUAGUGCCAACUUGGUUGAAAAACAACGAAUUCGAUUA